AUAAUCCGAUCCGGAAGGUUCUCGGAUUGGGAUAUUGGGUUCAGGGUUUCCGUUGCUUCCCAUGGAUGGCGGUUAACUUCUUCCUCAAGGACGGCCUCAAUGUAGAUCCUUCUACUCUUCAACUUCUUCAAAACUCCGCUAAUCUUCCUAUGGUCGCGAAGCCUCUGUACGGGAUUCUCUCUGACGCCGUUUAUAUUUCCGGCCAACAUCGGAUCCCUUACAUCGCCAUUGGAGCUCUCCUACAAGCAGUAUCAUGGAUACCCAUAGCAACUAUGUCACCCUCAAGUAUUUCAGUUUUCACGAUCAGCAUAUAUCUUCUCCUUAGCAACCUCGGUGCUUCAAUAGCGGAGGUCGCUAACGAUGCUAUCGUUGCAGAGGCAGGAAAGCAGCCCACUUCUUCCAAGAAUUCUCGAGCAUCUUCAUCAGGUGAGCUACAAGCAUUUGUUUGGGUAGCAUCCUCUGCUGGUGGGAUUCUUGGAAAUCUUCUCGGAGGCAUCGGUAUCGAUAGGUUUUCGCCUCAAGAAAUGUUCCUAUUCUUUGGUCUUCUUCUUUUGCUUCAGUUUUUAUUAACCAUCAUCGUUCGUGAACGCUCUCUUAAUCUCCCUCAGAGCUCAACCAGUGCUGGUAUCAAGAAACAGCUCUCACAACUUUUCGUCGUGCUAAAAAGACCCGAAAUUGUGUAUUCCAUAACAUGGUUUGCUGCAUCUUACAGCAUAAUACCUGCAUUGACUGGCACCAUGUUUUUUUAUCAGACAGAGCAUUUGAAAAUUGAGUCAUCUGUUUUGGGCAUCUCUAAAGUUAUUGGCCAAGCAGCCCUGCU